AUGGAGGCUGACCCGUGCGGCUGCUGCGAGCGGCUGGUGCUCAAUGUGGCGGGGUUACGCUUCGAAACGCGCGCUCGGACCCUGAGUCGCUACCCGGACACUCUGCUGGGCGACCCGGGCCGCCGGCGCGCCUUCUACGACCCGACCCGCGGCGAGUUCUUCCUGGACCGCCACCGGCCCAGCUUCGACGCCAUCCUCCACUACUACCAGUCGGGCGGGCGCCUGCGGCGGCCGGCACACGUACCCCUGGACGUCUUUCUGGACGAGGUGGCCUUCUACGAGCUGGGCGCCGACGCGCUCGCCAAGCUCCGCGAGGACGAGGGCUUCGCAGCCGAGCCGGAGCGCCGGCUGCCCCGGCGGCCCUUCGCGCGCCAGCUCUGGCUGCUCUUCGAGUUCCCCGAGAGCUCAGCCGCAGCCCGCAUUGUGGCCGUCGUCUCCGUGCUCGUCAUCCUUGUCUCCAUCGUUGUCUUCUGCCUGGAGACCCUACCCGACUUCCGAGACGAACGCGACGGCCAGCCCGGGGCUGCCUCGGGGCCGCUCCCAUCAAUGCGGUCCAAUGGCUCCCAGUCAGUGACUCCACCUCCAAGGGCCUCAUUCGAUGACCCUUUCUUCCUGGUGGAGACUCUUUGCAUCUGCUGGUUCUCCUUCGAGCUCCUGGUGCGUCUGGGUGCCAGUCCAAGCAAGACGGCCUUCUUCAAGAAUGUCAUGAACCUUAUUGACUUUGUGGCCAUCCUGCCCUACUUUGUGGCCCUGGGCACAGAGCUGGCCCGGCAGCGGGGUGUGGGUCAGCCCGCCAUGUCCCUGGCCAUUCUGCGGGUCAUCCGCCUGGUCCGAGUUUUCCGCAUCUUCAAGCUGUCCCGCCACUCUAAGGGCUUACAGAUCCUGGGCCAGACACUUCGGGCAUCAAUGCGGGAGCUGGGCCUGCUCAUUUUCUUCCUCUUCAUUGGGGUCGUCCUCUUCUCCAGUGCGGUUUACUUUGCUGAGGUCGAUGGGCCCCCUGAUUCAGGCUUCACCAGCAUCCCUGCUUCUUUCUGGUGGGCUGUGGUGACCAUGACAACCGUGGGCUAUGGGGACAUGGCACCUGCCACAGUGGGUGGCAAGAUCGUGGGCUCCCUCUGUGCCAUUGCUGGUGUCCUCACCAUAUCCCUGCCUGUGCCUGUCAUUGUCUCCAACUUCAGCUAUUUCUACCACCGGGAAACAGAGGGAGAAGACACUGGGAGAUACCGACAUGUGGCUACACAGCCCUGCUGCCCUCCUGAGACCCCUGAGGGCAAGGCUAAUGGGCUAGUUGGGGGCAGUGGGAAGCACUUGGUCACAGAGGUGUGAGGGGUCCAGUCCAGGGUGGGAAAGGAAAUCAGUGUGGUGGGAAGGAAUGUGAAAAUACAAGAGUAUUGGACUAGAGCUGGGUUGUUAGGUGGCAUGGGUGUUGGGACCUGGAUCCUGAAUUUUCCCAUACAUUUCAGCAAUCCAUCAGUGGCAAGUCCAGCAGGACCUCUGAAGUUGUUUUGUACUGGCCCAUGGAUUCUAAGAGUCCCAAGGGGACUCACUGAGUUUCAUUGAAUUCUAUUAAAUCAUGUCGGUUUCUUUCAAGUUGA